GACGGGCCCUCCGUGGGAAGCCCCUCGUGGCGGGUGCUCCUCAUUAAGUCCCGCCCCCUUGUGGGAGGGGCUAGACGUGCUUGGAAGAUGGCGGCGGCGGCGACUCCUGUGGCUGUAGCGGUGGGACGCUGAGGUAGCGGUGGCAGACGGGAUGCGGCCGCCUGUUGUCGCUUGCGCCGAAGCCCCUUUGAGGCUCUUACGAUUUGACACCGUCUUGGACGGGGCGGAAUAAAAACUGCGAGCAGGGGAGCCCCGCGGCGUCUUUUUCCCCGGGCUGAGGGAGGCCCAGCCGCCAAAGUGCCACCACUUUUCCUUUCUCUGCGGAGCCCGCUUGGCUCACUUUGCUCACCUCCUCGCUUCCCUUUUUUGACCCAGCAACAGAGCUAGUAACGCCUGGCCUCCUUCGAACGGGCCACUCCCCUUCCCCCUGCAACCGGGGAGGGGAACUUGGGGUCCGUCAGCCUGUUGUUGCUUCCUAAACGCCAUUCCUCCUGUGCCCCCACCCUACCUGCUGUCCUUUACUUCAGUCCCCACUGCAGAAGCCUCGAUCUUCCCUCGCCUGACAGGUCCACACCCCAUCCGGGGUCUGAGAUUCCAGUCUUCUUCUAGCAGCGCCUUUUUGCCAUCAUGCCUUGGCCCUUUUCGGAGUCCAUCAAGAAAAGGGCCUGCAGGUAUCUGCUGCAGAGGUACCUGGGUCACUUUCUUCAGGAGAAGCUCAGCUUGGAGCAGCUCACUCUAGAUCUUUAUCAAGGCACUGGCUCCUUGGCACAGGUGCCUCUAGAUAAAUGGAGUCUUAAUGAGGUUAUGGAGUCAGCAGAUGCUCCCCUGGAAGUCACAGAGGGAUUUAUUCAGUCAAUUUCUCUGUCCGUUCCUUGGGGCUCAUUGCUUCAAGAUAACUGUGCACUUGAAGUGAAGGGCUUAGAGAUGGUCUUCAGGCCAAGGCCCCGUCUAGCUUCUGGUUCAGAGCCCAUGUAUUGGUCAAGCUUUAUGACUAGUAGUAUGCAGCUUGCAAAAGAAUGUCUUAGCCAGAAACUAACAGAUGAACAAGGAGAGGGGACCCAGCCUUUUGAAGGACUUGAGAAGUUUGCUGAAACCAUUGAAACAGUUUUAAGAAGAGCGAAGGUCAACUUUUUAGAUACUGUUCUGAGAAUUGAGCAUGUGCCAGAUAAUUCUAAGAGUGGGACAGCACUUGAAAUUCGCAUUGAGAAAACAGUGUACUGUGAUGAAACUGCUGAUGAAUGCUCUGGAAUUAAUGUGCAUCAGCCUACAGCAUUUGCUCAUAAACUGCUACAGCUCUCUGGUGUUUCUUUCUUCUGGGAUGAAUUUCCAGCAUCUGCAAAAUCCUCUCCAGUGUGUUCAUCUUCACAGUUGGUAACAGAACCAAAGCUUUCACCUAGCUGGAACCCAAAAAUUGUAUAUGAGCCACACCCACAAUUAGCAAGAAACCUGCCAGAGGUUUCUCCUUCAGACCCUGUACAGAUAUGUAGGUUGAUCGGAAGGAUGGAACUGAGCCUUACAUUAAAGCAAAAUGAAGUGCUUCCAGGAGCAAAGUUGGAUGUAGAUGGACAGAUAGAUUCCAUACACCUGUUUCUGUCACCCAGACAGGUACAUCUUCUGUUGGAUAUGUUAGCAGCCAUUGCUGGACCAGAGAAUCUCAAUAGAAUGGAACUGUCUAACAAAGACAGGAAAAAUCGACCCAUGCAGCAGGAAGAUGAGUACCGGAUUCAAAUGGAGCUCAACCGUUACCUAAGAAAAGAAACUUUGCCAGCAGGUGCACCACCUGAUCCAAGUUUUUAUGAGACUGAGGCAACCAGAACUCCUUCAAGUCGUGAAGAAGAAGUUUUCUUUUCCAUGGCUGACAUGGAGAUGUCUCAUAGUCUGUCUUCUCUGCCACCUCUUGGAGACCCACCAACUAUGGAUUUAGAUCUUACUUUAUCUAGUACAUACACUACUACUCCAGCAGGAUCUCCACUUGGUACUGCAGUGCAGCAACCACUGUGGGGAGAUUUUGUUGAUCAAAACAAGCUGGAACCACCACAAGUAAGAGGGUCAUCAUUUAUACCCAGUGUAGUACAUCCUGUGCCAUUACGAAGGCCUUCUCUUCCAUCCAGAUCUGUUUCAGUGGAUGAAUCUAGACCUGAACUUCUUUUCAGGCUAGCAGUGGGUGCUUUUUCAGUCUCAGUGCUUCAUAUUGAUCCUUUACCACCACCUGAAACGUCACUAAAUGCCAGUCCACUGACACCAAUGGCACAGGAAUUUUUCACUCGCAUAGAAAGGGUUGAUUUGGUUCAGUUUCCGGCUGAAGACUUUCUAUCCCUCCGGGAAAUAUUUGCGAAGGCUUGUUCACAUGAUCACCUUAGAUUUAUAGGUACAAGCAUCAAAGUGUCUUAUGAACAAAGACAACGAUCAGCCUCCCGUUGCAUGAGUACAGAUUUAUCUAUUGGACAAAUGGAACUUCUGGAAUGCCUUUUUUCUACAGACUCUCAUUCUGAAAUACCUCAUUAUACAGAGUUGUUAAUGUUUGACUCUGAAAAACAAGGAAGCCUGUCACACCCUCCCCCAUGCCUUCACUUGCAUUACAAGCAUUCAGACCACAAAGGACCCCAGGGUAGCCAAGGGAGACUGAGCUCAGUUCCCCAGAAAGCAGAAUUGCAAGUCAAGCUCAGCCCAGCAUUUUGUGAGCUGGAUAUCAGUAUUGUGGACAGACUAAAUUCAUUGCUCCAGCCACAAAAAUUAACCACAGUAGAGAUGAUGGCAUCACACAUGUACACCUCAUACAAUAAACACAUUAGCUUGCAUAAGGCAUUUGCUGAAGUUUUUCUGGAUGAUUCACGUACUCCUGCAAAUUGCAAAGUAUCAAUACAAGUGACUGCACCGACUCUGAAGCUCUCAGUUCGCUUCCCAAUACCUGACCUAAGAUCAGAUCCAGAACGAGGACCUUGGUUUAAGAAAUCACUUCAGAAGGAAAUUCUUCAGUUAGAAUGUACAGAUAUUGAAUUUAAAACUGAGUUUACAGGAGGACCAACUCCAGAGCAAGUUAUAUUAGAGCUCACCUUUAAAGAGCUAACUGGAUCAUUUGAAGAAAGCAAAGAGGAAUCAGCUAUACAGUUCUUUCAAGUUUCUAGUGGUGUAGUUGGAGAGAUGAUUUCGUCAGACAACUUUGACUGGCCACGGAUUGUGCUAAAAAUAAACCCACUUGCUGUACACUCCAUUCUGGAAAGGAUGGCUCUUGAGGAUGAAGAAGUUGAUGGCCAUUUUCAGGAGGAGGAAGAAGGAGGAUGUCAUUCCCUGAAAGAUGUGUGUGAUCUUAGAAGACCAGAGCCAUCUCCCUUUUCCUCACGUAGGGUAAUGUUUGAAAAUGAAGAGAUGGUGAUGCCUGGAGAUGCAGUGGAGAUGACUGAAUUUCAGGAUAAAGCAAUUGGCAACUCCCAUUAUGUGCUGGAACUUAUGUUACCAAAUGUGUAUUUAACAUUACCAAGCAAAAGUUUUUAUGAGAAGCUUUAUAACAGGAUCAGUAAUGACUUACUAUUGUGGGAACCCACAGCUCCAUCUCCUGUAGAAACAUUUGAAAAUAUUUCUUAUGGUGUUGGACUUUCAGUGGCCAGCCAGCUUAUAAACACCUUUAGUAAAGACAGUUUUAACCAGUUCAGAUCUACCAUUCACUAUGAUGAUGACAGUGGCUCUGAAGAGGAAACAUUACAAUAUUAUUCAACCCUUGAUCCAAACUACUGUUCACGGAGAAGGAAAAAAAUUGAAUCCCAGAAUAGGAACACACAAAAUCUUCUCUCAGUUCUUUUGAAUAUUAACCAUGGGUUAGUGUCCAUAUUCACAGAUAUAAAGCAAGAUGAUGGAAGUGUAUCUGACAACAAACAUGGAGAGUUUUGGCUUGAAUUCAAUAGUGGUUCAUUGUUCUGUGUAACGAAGUAUGAAGGUUUUGAAGAUAAGCAUUACAUCUGUCUCCACUCAAGUAGUCUCAGCUUGUAUCAUCAAGGUGUAGUGGAAGGUAUUGUAUCUCCAUCUGAAAUAAGGUUGCCAAGUACAACACAUCCUCAUUGGUUAGAACCUACUAUCUAUCUUUCGGAGGAAGAAGGUCUCAGUAAAGCAUCAGAUGGUGUUGGAGUGGAUUGCUUAAGCAUGCUGUCCGUUGCAGUUAAGAUUCAAUCAAAUAAAUCAGAGACCAAUACAAAGGAGUUUUUAGUUGCUGUUGGGGUACGAGGAGCCACUCUACAGCAUAGAGUACUUCCUUCAGGUUUAAGCUGGUAUGAACAGAUUUUGUAUUUUUUGAACAUUUCUGAUGAGCCUGUGUUGGGAUAUAAUCCUCCAGCUUCUAUUACAACAUUUCACGUUCAUCUCUGGAGUUGUGCUCUGAAUUACAGGCCUCUAUUUUUGCCAACUAGAUCACUUCUUACUGUUGAAACAUUUAGCAUCUCAAGCAGUGUGGCACUAGAUAAAUCAUCUUCUACUCUCAGGGUAAUCUUGGAUGAGGCUGCUUUGCACUUGUCAGAUAAAUGUAAUAUUGUUACAGUGAACUUGCAAAGAGAUUAUGUACGAGUCAUGGACAUGGGACUGUUGGAACUGACCAUAAGAACAGCGAAACCUGGAUCUGAUGGAGAGAGAAGUAAACCACGCUUUGAACUACAUUGUUCCAGUGACGUAAUCCACAUCCGAACAUGCUCUGAUUCUUGUGCUGCAUUAAUGAAUCUUAUCCAGUAUAUUGCAAGUUACGGUGAUUUGAAUCCACCUGCUAAGACAGAUGCUACCUCAGGAAUGACCAAACAAAAUGCAAAGGCAGAUGUUUCUAGCCGGCAAUCUUCUCAAGGGCCAAUCCUUGCUGAAGCUGACCAACAGAUUUUACGGGAUUUAAUGAGCGAUGCAAUGGAAGAGAUUGAAACCCAGCAGCUUACUUCCCCCACUAAACAACAAGUCAAUGGAAUUUUGGAUGAAAAGACUCAGACACCAGCACCAUCUUGCUCAGACCUUUUCCUGUUUCCUGAUGAAAGUGGGAACCUGUCUCAAGAGCCAAGCCCCACUUAUGCAUCGUUCACACCAAAUAUGAUUAAUGAAGCUAUAGGAGACAUACCUGCUGAAAAUGACGACUUCUGUAUUCUCUUCGCACCAAAAGCUGUUGUCCCUGAUAAGGAAGAAGAGCCAGUAGUGAAAACAAUGGUUGAUGAUGCAAUCCUGAUCAAAGAGAACCAUUUCAGCCUGCCAGUAAAAAAGGCAGAUACAAGCAAAGCACCAUUGCGUUUUCCAGUUCCUUUGGUACGCUAUGUUGUCAAAGAAAUAUCACUCAUUUGGCACCUUUAUGGGGGAAAGGAUUUUGGGAAUAUACCACCUACAUCUCCAGCUAAAAGUUAUAUUAGUCCUCAGAGCUCUCCUUCUCACACACCAACAAGGCAUGGACGUAACACAGCCUGUGGGGGGAAAGGAAGGAACCCAGAUUUCUUGAUGGAAAUACAGUUAAGUAAGGUGAAAUUCCAACAUGAGGUAUACCCAUCAGGAGAACCAGAGUAUGAGGUCAACCCAUUGGAGUUACCAGUGUCUCGGCAGGUGUUCAUGGUUCAAGAUCUUGAGAUCAGAGAUCGCUUGGCUACAUCACAAAUGAACAAAUUUCUCUACCUAUAUUGUAGUAAAGAGAUGCCAAGGAAGGCACAUUCUAAUAUGUUGACAGUCAAAGCACUACAUGUCCGUCCAGAGUCAGGCCUGUCACCACAGGAGUGUUGUUUACGAGUAUCAUUAAUGCCGCUUCGCCUCAAUAUUGACCAGGAUGCCCUGUUUUUCUUGAAGGAUUUUUUCACUAGCCUGUCUACUGAAGUAGAAAUCCUGAUGACUCCAGAUCCUGAAGUUAAAAAGACUCCUGGUGCUGAAGUAACAUGUACGUUACCCAGGCACUACAGUGGUUUCAAGGAGCCAAGCCCAGUCAUUUCUUUCUCAUUACACAAACAAUUGAGCCAGAACGGAAGCAUGGAUUCUGUGGAUGUACUCAAUGGGGAUGACCACAGUUUCACACAUGAUGAGUCAUCGUUCGGUGAUCAGCCAAUCUUUUUCAGAGAAUUUCGAUUUACAUCAGAAGUUCCUAUACGCCUUGAUUACCAUGGCAAACAUGUUUCAAUGGAUCAGGGUACAUUAGCUGGGAUUCUGAUUGGUCUUGCUCAGUUAAACUGCUCAGAAUUGAAACUGAAAAGGCUUUGCUAUCGACAUGGGCUGCUAGGUGUGGAUAAGCUGUUCUCUUAUGCCAUCUCAGAAUGGCUUAAUGACAUCAAGAAAAACCAGCUACCCGGUAUUCUGGGAGGAGUUGGGCCAAUGCAUUCUUUAGUUCAAUUGGUGCAGGGCCUUAAAGACUUGGUGUGGUUACCAAUAGAACAAUAUCGAAAAGAUGGCCGCAUUGUAAGAGGCUUUCAGAGAGGAGCAGCUUCUUUUGGUACUUCUACUGCAAUGGCAGCAUUAGAGCUGACAAAUAGAAUGGUUCAGACCAUACAGGCAGCUGCAGAAACUGCUUAUGACAUGGUUUCCCCUGGGCCUAGUUUAAUUGAGACGAAAAAGAUCAAGCGGCUUUCUCGCUACCGCUUAGCUCAUCAGCCUGUAGACCUUCGUGAAGGCGUGGCCAAAGCAUACAGUGUUGUAAAGGAGGGAAUUGCAGAUACGGCACAUACCAUCUAUGAAACUGCUGCUCGUGAGCACGAGAACAGAGGGGUAACUGGAGCAGUAGGAGGAGUUCUCCGACAGAUCCCACCAACUGUGGUGAAGCCUCUCAUAGUUGCGACAGAGGCAACAGCAAAUGUUUUAGGUGGUAUGAGGAACCAGAUCAGGCCUGACGUGCGACAGGAAGAGUCUCAGAAAUGGCGCCGUGGAGAAGACUAAUAGCUUAAACAAGUUUGAUGGGAAUCUGAAGCAUGAAACGCUUAUCCUCAUGGCAGCUUUAGAUGGAACAUAUCCUUUUAAUAUGCUCAUCUCAGGAACACAGAAGAUUGCAAAGCAAUUUGAUGUCAAAACCUGAAAUGUUCAAGUAGAAAGCAAGUUUGGUACUUGAGUCGUUGGCAUAGUGCAUGCUACAAAGACUUGCUGGUCAUUGCCAAAUGGAGUGGCACCUUUUCUGCCAAAUCCAGGACAUGCUGGGUUUAAACUAGCUAUCAUAUUUCCCUUGGUAUCUUGAUUUCUGUUGGGUAUUUUUGCUUUUGUUUUAAAGCAACUGCACUUGCCCUACUUAUGAGUGUACAUGUGUGUUUAAAGGUAUUCCUCAAGCAUGGUCAGAGAUUGUUUCUUAGCAAAGGGCUACAUCAGUGCCCUUCUGAAACAGGGUAGAUGUCUGACACAAGACAUAAAUACUGCAGGAUAUUAAAAAGUAACCAGGAACUCAACUAUUUUGCUAGUCAUGGGCAUUUGCCUCUCAUGUGACACUUAAUAACAAGGACAAUCUGUUUCAAAACCUGAUUAAAAAGGAUGUUUUCAUACAAUUGUGGAAAUUAAUUGUUUUGCCUACAUGUUGAAUUCCUCCUUUUGUGGAGAGUUGAGCAAUCUGAAUGUUGCAGACAUGUUCUGUUGUGUUGCACUUUAAAGAAGUUAGCCUGUACAUUGCUUUUUUAAAAUAGUUGUUAAUAAAAUGUAAUGUGCAUUUUAUCCAAAUAUGAUUUAAAAGCUUAUGCAGAUUAUUUAAAGAGACAAAACACUACAGGGUCAUUGAUGACAAUAAACAUUAAAUGCAGUUCUUUCAGUUAUUUA